GUGUGUGAGUGUGUGUCUGUGUUUUUUUUUUUUUUUACCUCCCCAAUGACGGUCGACGGUGAAUCUUUGAGAGCAGCCAGCUCAAAAAAGUCCGCGGGGAAGUUCCCUAGGAAAUCCCCUAAGACAGUUCGGGGGUAUUAUACUCGACACGGAUGAGCCAAAGCUUCGACACACUUUACCUCGGUGCAUUUCUAAAGACAUACGGCCAGAGCAGAGACGUCAAAUGCUGGAUUAUUAAGAAAAACAACACACAACUGACUGAUCCUUGUGUCAAAUCUAUACGAUGUCUGCAAUGGAUAACGACAGUAUAAACACGGAUAACAACAUGCUGAAGGACAAGAUCCGGAGUUACAGCACGCUGAAUUCUCUGUAUCAUGAGACGCGACAGGAAAUCGACCUUCUGAACAAACAGAUUUACGUAAAGGACAAUAUCAUCGCAGAUUUAAAGGCGAGGCUGGGGAGAUACGAGAGAAUAUACAUGACGGUGGGAGAUAACGAGUCUGUGGUCGUCGGGCCGUCCAAGUCUUUGCUGGAGAGUCUGUGCAAAGAAAUAUGCAAACUGAAACAGAAGAGGAACGAUGUGGAGUUCAAGGCUUCUCGACAGGCAGAGGAGAUCCAGAGGCUGACGGUGCAGCUCAGAGAGAAGGAGCUGGAGCUAGAGACCAUCAGGUGUCAGCCGGACCACGAGAAGGACCAGGAGAUCCAGAGGCUGCGGUCCGCCCUGGAGGAGAGGGAGCGGUCCGAGGCCACCAGAGCCGUACUUUGCACAUCCCUGGCGGAGGAGGCCGACCAGCUGCGCAGCCAGCUCGGAGCGACGGUGAAAGUGUGCCAGGAGCUGCUGGCCAGGCUGGAGAAGGAGAAGGGGGGAGAAGACCUGGAGGUUGUGCUUCAGCAGCAAAAGUCUAAGGAGACGACAGAGUCCUCUGACAUGAUUAGUGUCAACACCCAAAUCCGUAAACUUCAGGAGGAGAAUCAACAGCUAAAGCAGCGAGUGGCAUAUGUACAGGGUCUGAAUUCUCAGUGGCAGAAGUAUGACUCCAGCAGGGAGGACUAUAUCAGAGGUUUAUGUCAGAGGCUAAAGGAGACCACUGGGCAGGGCUUGAUGCCUGGGUUGGGCUCUGUAAGCACCGGGUUGCUUCAUCAUGAGAUUUCCAGGCUCAACGGCUUACUGGAGGAGAAGAUGAGCGAGUGUGAGCAUCUGGGAAGAGAAGUGGAGGAGAUGAGGAGGCAAGACCGAGAGCGCAUACAGACUCUCGAGCAGCAGGUCCUCAUCUACACAGAGGACUUUAAGUCGGAGCGUGCCGACAGAGAGCGAGCGCAGGGCCAGAUCGAAGACCUGAAGGAGCAGGUUAAUCAGUUAAAACGGCAGCUACACAAACAGGGAGCCAGCAGAGAGAACCGAGAAGUGGUUCCCAUGUGUCGUGUGCACAUAGGACACAGGAUCUCCUCAAGGCGACAUAAUGACUCUUCAGAGCCUCUAUUGAGGACGGCUGCUGAGAUGCAGCAGCAGCCUGCAGCUGCAUCAGUAACAACACCGAACCCUGCCUGGAACGAGUGCCCAGGCCUGUCGGAGUUACAGUGCCCACGGUGCCUCGCCACGUUCAACGACAGGGACGCUGCAGAGUACCUGAACCAUUGUGAAGAGUGUGCCAAACUAUAAACGGAACAACACUCAUUUGGAAAAGACAGUUAUCUCUCACUGACAGUAACUGAACACUGAAGAGCAGCACUACACGGCAGAAACUAACCUGAGUGGAGUUUCCAAUUCGGAGAGAAUUGACGACAAAUGAAACGACUGACUUAAGAUGUUUGUACAUAGUGAAGCAAAACUGUACAACCCAAAGUUCCCCUGUUGCAAGAGAAAUUAGUUCAUCAGGCUUUUCUAAAUCUGUAAUAUCCAGUGUCGCGUUCUUCGUGUUCUCCCGUGGCAAUGCAGGAGGUGAUUGUGGUGGGGGAAUGGAUGUCAAUGCAAUAUAUCAAAUAUCAAAUACCUCAAUGUGUCAAAUUACAAACCUGUUGCACUUUCUUGACAUUUAGCCAAAAAAAUAAUAAUCGUAGGGAUCGUACGAUUUUUUUUAUUUUUUAAAGAGAUUCAUGAUGCAUAAGCUUCUUGUUUUGGGUCUAGACAUCUUGUUGACAAUGUGGUGCUACUAGUUGUUUCAUGAUUAUGAUUGAACUUUACAUAUUUCUGUUCUGUAAAUUAUAUAUUCUUAAUAACAGAUUUAAAAUAUAUAUAACUAUUCUAUUAAUAUUUAUUCUCUUUGCAUAAAUAAUUGGAAAAAGGCAAAUGUUUUGUUGCCUUUUUUCCAUUAAAGCCAAGAAAUAUUUCUGGCAAACUUUUGGGAUCAAAAAAAAUGUUUGAGAUCCACCUUUUGAAACUGUACUUAAAGAUGGCAUCCCAACUGACAAUAUGCUUAUUUUUGGAGAUCUGGUGCUGUGUUUCUUUUCAUGAGCUGGCACAUUAUUUUUGUAAUAAAAGACUGUUUACCCAUA